UAUAUGACUCGACGCUGUAGUGAAGAUUGCUACUUAUGUGCGUCCAUAUGAGACAGACAUCAAAUUUCCUCACCGACACCUCCUGACGAUUGUGAUUAAUAUUAAGGAAAUCGGCGACCUCUGGCUCUGCUUCCCGUAGUUUUUUUUUUCGUCAAGUAGGUAGACCGCACAGCAUUCUUUUACUGAUAGACAAGUCCAAUUUAGCAGCUCUGAAAGAGAGGCGCAAUAAACACGACUGCUUUUGCAUUGUUGGAGCUCCGUAAAAAGCGGCGCGAGCUUCUCACAAGAAAAAAGCGGCUUAGAAAUAACAAACUUCUUCUACAGCUGCAUGCUCGUAGUCUUGAUAUCCCAUUGCUAGUUGAAACGCAAGCGCCCCUGGCGAUUGUCUGGAAGUUUCUAGCCAAGUACAACCAGCCAGGACGAAAAAAAAGGUUGACGCUGAAAUUCAUCGGACAAAACUUGAGAGCCGCGAGAGCAGGCAAGUAGAGUACAAGGAGCGAGCAAAUUUGUGUUGAUCCCGUUGUCUAUAUUAAUCAGUAUCCUUAUUCUCGGUCGCGUUUCCUCUUGGCAAUUCAUUACUUUUAUUCAAAGUUAUCGUCAAUAAAACGAGACAAAAAGCAUCAGCUGCUUGCUUGAAUUUGUCGGAGUCGCGUGGCUCAGAUUCCAGGCCGUUUGUUGCUACCAAGACAAUAUUGACGACAAGAAAAAAGUCGUAGCUACAUCGCGAUUGCUUGCUGCAACUUUCCUAUUGCUUUUCUGCAACAAAAAUUUUCGCACAGCUCAUCCAAGAAAAUUGAAACCCUUUUUGCCCAUUAUUCACCUGUUUUUUCCCCUUCUGAAUUUGCUCCCCAAAAGAACCUAUUGAUGAAGUACAAGCACGCGCACGCAUGUACAAGAACAAACUUUGAUAGAACCUUGCCCAUCCGAUUAUUUUCAGCUACUUACACUAGUAUCUCACUUUAUCAUCUCUAAAAAUCUCUACCGUUACUAACUUCGCCACCACCCAUACAGUUCUUUUACCUGUUCUUACAUGCUCACCUUGAGAAGUUUUGCCUCGCGAAUUCUUUUUGACUCAACAUACCUUCGACGCCUCUUCCAAAUACGAUCAGAGGAUGGUGUUGCUGUGCUACGAAAAACAAAGGAUAACUAAGUAAGCCACUAUAGGUUUACUUUCGUCGAUUCUACCACCUGUCUUGGUGUUUCAGCUUCUGUGAACUGCAACUGAACUAGACGGAAGCAGAAACGAAUCAACUCUGUUUUAUCGAUACUUUUGUAGAACAAUUUUUCUAGCUUUGGCUACUUAUAACCUUCACGUGGGCUAAAUUAGUGAACAGAGCAUACCCUUAGUUAGCUUGUAAAGAAAGAUGAUUUUUGCCCCAACAAAAUAAUCAUGCAAGGCUCCAAUAAUAAGGACUCUUGAAUAAAACUAGAAACAGCCAAAAAGCUGAUGUGACCCCAGGGAGGUGAAAAACCUUUUUGUCGUGGUUACUGUUUAAGGAAGCUCUGAGACGUCGUUUGUCUUUGUGAAAAAUUGAACAGCGCAGUGUAUACUGAGGCUGUUCUUGUCUUUUGCUGCCCUGAGAUGCAGUCGUAUGUAACGAAAUGUAAAGAUAAAGCUAAAGGCAAGCUUCUAUUUGUUUAGUGUUGACUUCCUUUUUUCGACUUUGUUGAAGAAGGAGCAUGAGCAAGCUCUUACCACAUGAAUAUGAUGUACUUCCCCCACUGAAGCUGUAUUCGUAAAAGAAAAUGAAAUAACUUGGGUAGUGCCAGUUCUAUUCACGCAUACAAUUUUUAUUUAUUUUCGAAGCGCUUUAUUUAUAUUUUUACGCCGGAGUUGCAGUCGGAAGAGUUGCGUGCGACGGCACUGUACGUGGAGGGCCGCAACGCCGGUGCGCCCACCAAAGAACCUCCCGCAACUCUGACGGCCCCCGACCUCCACGACCACGUACAACAGCAGCAGCGGCUUCUUUUUUCGACAACAGGAACACCGACACCGGCUGCACGCGUCACCAGUUUUCUAACCCCGAAGACCCGAAAGUGCGGAGCUCGUUCUUUUUCCAACGAGAAGAGCGCAGCUGAACGCGGCACUUUCCAGUAUCCUCGGAUAGAAGACUUCUACCAACAAGGUGGAGCAACUGGACCUCCUUCGCGUCGUCGGCUGAAGUAGAAGACGCGAGGAAGAUGGCGUCCGAGAUAAGCACAACGGCUGCGGCGUCCGACGCCACGCAGCAGAAUCUCAUCUAUUGAGAGGAAAAAUCCCCCCUCCCCAUAUUGAAAAGGUAGGCUUCCAAAAAUUUGUGUUGCGGAUUUGAGGUCACAAAUCACAUCUGUCUUGCAAGAAGACAAGGGCAGAAGCUUCCGCCCCAUUAUGGAAGCGAUUUGUCAUGCUGUCUGGCCUAAAGGGGGGCCGUUUGCCAUGCUGAACUACUAGACCCAUACGCCCCUACCUAACCUGGGGAUCUGGCCGCAGUGCCUCUGUGCAAUACAAAGCUGAUUUGUGGUCACAAAUCAGCAUCACAAAUUUCCGUUUUGAUAUGGGGAGGGGGGAUUUUUCAUUUUGAUAUCAUCGGUGGUGUCUUCGCCCUCGGGAAAAAGUUGGGAAGCGGCUCCUUCGGCGAAAUUUUUUGGUGCUACCACACACUGUAUCAAAUCCAAAUAUGUCUGGGUCUGGAAUAAAGGUUGAACCUGUAUUGCAUGUUUCGCAUUCCUGAAAGAUGUAUAUUGCUGCAUAAGCAGGAGCAAAGAAAGCCGCGCCACACUUUGUCAUGCAAAAACGCAGUUUGUAAUGCGUCCUGCGCAUGAGAAUGAGAAAGCCUUUGAAACAUUUGUCAUGCUGCACUGCACUUAAAGGCCCAGUCAAUCAUGACAGUUCAGCAUUACAAGUUUCCAGACCUCCAGACAUCUUUGCAAUCCAUACACUGACACAGGAGGAGUAUGCGGUGAAAAUCGAGCCAUCGGACUGCAAACACCUAUGACAAUGCACAACUCCCCCGCCCCCUCAUUUGUCAUGCAAAAUUCCAAAUCCAGCUGCUGCCUUGUAGCGCUGUUUAUUGUGUGGCAAAUUAUGGAAGCCCAAACAGUACUACAGUCGGCGCAGGAACUUGUCAUGCUCAGGCUCCACGUGUGCUGGUGUUUGUGUUGCUGUUCAUGCCAUACAAAUGAGGGGGCAGGGGAGUUGUGCGCUGUCAUAACACCCCCAGCUCAUGUACGAGGCGAAAUUGCUCAAGCAUCUGCAGGGAGGUGAAAUUACUAGUGAAAGAUUUCAGAAGUUACUUAUUGUGCUGUAUGAAGCUCCUUCUCCGACGUGUGACAGGACAUUGACAUAGUGAUAGCCAUACUACAUUUGAGUGCUGCAUAAUCAGCUUGGCAGUGAUGUAGACCCACCGCAACGUUCUGUUGUGGUGCGUGAUGAGGUCGAUUCUGUCAUCAAAGUGUGGUCGCGGUUUAUCAAAUCAACGUAUUAUAUUAGCGUGAAGUAGUUGUAGUUUAUUGCAACCUAAACUCAACGAACCACUCAGGACCCGGCAUUGCCCAGGUGAUUUACUCGGAAUGCGACGCGGAACGAAACGUGAUGGUCAUGGACUUGCUCGGGCCAAGUCUCGAGGACCUGUUCAAUCUGUGCAACCGGAAAUUCACCUUGAGAACAGUGUGUCUGAUCGCGGAGCAGAUGAUAUCGCGCGUGGAGUACCUGCACAGCCGCAAUUUCGUCCAUCGCGACAUCAAACCCGAUAAUUUCUUGAUAUGACAGUGCACAAAGCCCCCCCUCACCGCCCUCAUGCAAACUGCCAAAUCCUCUUUGAGCUAAGCCUUUUUCUAAAGUUAAGGUUGUGUUUGCAUGACAAGUGCAAGAGGCCCCCACUGCACUACAGUCCGGCUCCGGACCUGCAUUUGUUUUUAUGCAGCCGCUGCAUCAAUAUUUUCCAGGUGUAGUUUGCAUGUGACGCUAGAAUUGCCCUUCAAAUCAGCGAGAGGGGGGCGAGUUGUGUACUCUCAUACUGGAUCGGCAGGAAACGGAAAGGCAUACUCUACAUGAUCGACUUCGGGUUGGCAAAGAAGUACCGCGAUCCAAAAACCCACCAUCACAUCGCGUUUAGAGAAGGAAAGAAUUUGACGGGGACGGCGAGGUAAGAGAUCCUUUGAGGUGGAGGUGGACGAAGCCAAAACAUAAAGAAAUCAUGAGAUGCGUUUUUUAUGUAUGACUCGGCCGCGUCUUGCAGUCGCAUCGUCGUGCGUGCAUAGUCGUGUACUAAUUUGAGCGAUGCACUGACGAUUCGAACCUUCAAAGGAAGUAAGUAUGCGCACCCCGAAGCCACACAUCAAUUUCAAUGCCAGCCUUCUAGACCCCAUGUGAAUAAACAGGUACGCCUCCAUAAACGCACAUAGUGGGUGUGAGCAAUCGAGAAGAGACGACCUCGAGGCCAUUGCCUACGUUCUGCUCUACCUCUAUCUCGGGCAAUUGCCAUGGCAGGGUACUACUAGACUUUUAUCCAAUAAAAAAAAGAAAGAUGAGCUUUGACUUCGUGUAGCUUCAACUCCUCUUUUUUGGAACUGCUAGCAGUUGUGUCGCUAAGUAAUCAAUCUGGAAGUUGUUGUAGUCGUUGUUGUCUUUGCUUCCAUCAGGUAUAAAAGUCGCGUCCAAGCAGGAGAAGUAUGCGAAGAUACGCGACAAGAAGAAGGCCGUGCCCAUAGAAACCCUGUGCCGCAACUGCCCCCUACAGUUCGCCAGUUACCUCUCCUACUGUCGAAAGUUGAGGUUUGAGGACCGACCCGACUACGCCGCGUUAUUGAAAGGAAAAAUCCCCCCUCCCCAUAUCGAAACGAAGUUUCUGAUGCUGAAUUUGCGUACACAAAUCAGAUUUGUCUUGCAGAAAGUGCUUGGCGGCAUUUUCUGCGCCUGUUUGAGUACGCAGAAGGCUACCAAUUGCGCAUGGUAAACAGGUUUGCAGUAGUCGAAAGCGCAUGACAGACUUGCUUACGAACGCGUUAAAUGGCUCCUAUGACCCUAUAUGCAAGACAAAGAUGAUUUGUGACCACAAAUCCGCAUCACAAAUUUCCGCUUUGAUAUGGGGAGGGGGGAUUUUUCAUUUUGAUACGCGUUGAGAAGAAUUUUCCGCGACAUCGUAGUGCAGGAGAUUAUGAGAAUGCACAAAUCGUCCUCUCCUCAACAUUUGUCAUGCAAAAUGCCAAAUCCGCGUCUUCGUCUUGCCCUUAGGCUCUCUACUCUGCAUGACAGAUUUUCUAACCCGAAGCCAGCACUUCAAUUUCUGUGCAGAUCUGGCAUGCGGAAGCGAUAUUUCUCGCGGUGUCUGUGAUGCUGCUCAUGGUCUUCAAAUGUGGGAAAGGGGACGCUGUGCACUCUCAUAGAGAUGGAGGGAGAACCAGAAGGCACCGAGCCACAAUUCGACUGGGAAAAGUUGCCAGGGUAAGAACAUUAUUUAUUACGAUUACAACUAUUUUACGUUUCUUCUCUAUGCAUAUAUGUGCUUCUCUUCUACUGCCUGGGUCUGGUUCUGCAAGAGUGAUGCUGAGACUCGCUUACGAAGAAAUCAAAAUGGUACAACAGCUUUGACACUCGUAUGAAGUUCCAGGGGAAGAAUAUGAAGUACGACAGUCAGCGAGAAUCCCUCACGCCCGCAAACAACAACGGCUCGAUGGCCGUCCGGGAGCACGACAGCCAGCCGCUGACCACAAAUUUGCGCUUCACCGAGCCCAUCGACGAGAAUCACCCUUCUGUGAUCGACGUGAAGGGCCAGGGGGCGGGAGGGCACAACAGCGGCGGUAACGGGCGAGGGGACAGCGCCAACGGAGGUGGAACGAUAGGAGGAAAUCCGAACAGUAGCAGGGCAGUGGGGCUAGCGCCGCCGCCCAGGCAACAGAGAAAGUCAACGGUAUAUUUUAUUUGCGAUAGACAUUGGCUUUGGGCUUUUCCAAAAAACCUGGAUUGGUUUUUCACCGCAUGACAUCAGGAAGGAGAUCAACAUAAGGUAUUAAAUCGAUCGACGGAUUUAUUUGGUUUGUGAUCACCAAAAAAUGCGAACGAUUUGAGGAGUUAAAAAUCAAAACAGCGCGGCUUUUUCGGUUGUUGCAGAGGAGGUUAAUACGGACGGACCGCCGAUUUCCGCCUAAUUUUCGUCACCGACUGCGUUUCUCGACACUGCAUUUCACAUGCUACUGGUCCACCAGCACUACGCUCCUGUUCUAAUAGAGGCAACAGUACAAAAAUUACGAAUCAAGUCUAAAUUUAGCAAAAGUCACGAUCAUCAAGGUAGAUAGAAGUUUUAGUCGCAACCACAACUAACUUCUACCGACAGUUUACAGUUUAACAAGUUUAACACGACAAAAGCAGAAGCAGAAAAAUACCCUCUGCUACUCAACUUUCAGCAAACGACUGAAGGUGAAAGUUACUCAAAAGGAAGAGGUAACAUGAGAGAGUUUUCGCAGAAGAUGUUGACAUCGCAUCACUGCUGCUUUUGUUCGGGGGACUUAUUUAUUUCACAGGAGCUUUACACUUGUUAGGGAAAUUUGGAAGAAUGAAAAAUAAUGACUUGAAACAGCACCAAAAACACACUAGUGCUGGCUGAAGUAUGUCGCCAGGAGCAUCGAGUAGGUGCGAGAACGACUUAAGUAAGAAGUAAAUUCUGUGCGCCACACGGAAAGUUCUACUUGCUAGUCGACGGCGUUAUGCUCUACUUUUACUGUUGAGAGUGCUACUUCUUCCACUCAGUUUUACUUCGAUGCGAACAAGAUUUUUUUACCUACGUGUUCAGGUCUACCGAGCUAGAAGUCCCGCAAGCGCAAACUACACAUAAUAUAACACUUUUUCGAACUACCACAAGCGACAAGCAACACACACAUCAACAAGCUCUUCGACUACUUUGAACGGGCCUUGUCACGGUCUUUGACUACUAUCUUUGGGCUAAAUUGCAAGGAGGUAUGGGUGGCCACCUAUCCUUUUUAAUACGUCACACACAAAUCCAAACGACCCUUUGACCACACCAUAUCAGCAUCGCCACGCUAGUUUUACUUAUUAAACCUGUUCCUGUAUACUACUGGAAACAAAAUUGGAAACAGUCGACCACCCACUAGAAACUUCAAUUUUUCCGGGAACGACAACGAGUAAAUUGCCGAUGGGGGACCCGGCGAGCCAACAAAAGAGAAAGAGCACAUCUCACGUCUCCCAGAUCAGCUAUUUUAAGCCUUAGUGUCGUUUCCUGGCAACGUCGAAGAUUCUGUGGUAUGCAGAUUGAGAUUUUCCCUGGAAAUACUAGAUCAGGAAUUGGACCUUCGUUUUUUUAUCGAGUUCUCUUCCUCAUCGAAAAUGCAACAGCCCACUUUUGACUUCAUAACAGUGCUCCGUGCUCUGCUGUCUUCAAAGUAUGUAGCCGUCUGAAUAUACUUUUACCCUCACUUUUUCGCCGGCGUCACCCAUGAUUGAUAGGCCUUGUACACUCUAUCUGUGACUUCAAACCUCUUGCAGCUGCAGCCAGAUCGAGCUAGUGAUGAUUAUCAAUAUGACUAGCUGGCGUUCUUGCACACUUACUUACUUAGGUAAGUAGAGCACUGUACGGCCGUUGAUGAGAGCAGUUGACAGCUUGCUACCUGCAGAGCCAGAGUUGUGAGUAACUCACGAUGCUUGAUUGACGUCCUGGCCUGGAGCCCGAGCUAGCGAAGUAAGAAAGAACUCAGAUGCGACCAUGAAGACGACAAUCUAACCGAAGGUAAGAGCAACUU